AUGCUAUUUUUGCACGUAUUCCUUGUAUUGACAGAGCUUUGCCGCUUCAGUGGUGCCAAGAUAUACCCAGGGAAGGGUAUCAGAUUUAUUCGCUCAGAUUCCCAGGUCUUCCUCUUUGCCAACUCAAAAUGCAAGAGGUAUUUUCACAACCGCCUGAGGCCUGCAAAGCUUACCUGGACUGCUGUGUACCGGAAACAACAUAAGAAGGACAUUGCUGCUGAAACUGUGAGGAAGAGGCGCCGAACCACCAAGAAGCCCUACUCAAGAUCAAUUGUCGGUGCAACCUUGGAAGUAAUACAGAAGAAAAGAGCUGAAAAGCCAGAAGUUCGUGAUGCUGCACGUGAAGCUGCUUUACGUGAAAUCAAGGAGAGAAUAAAGAAGACCAAGGACGAGAAGAAGGCGAAGAAGGCUGAGUCGAUGUCCAAGUCACAGAAGGCCUCCAAGAGCAACGUGCCCAAGGGUGCUAUACCCAAGGGUCCUAAACUUGGAGGCGGUGGUGGCAAGCGGUAA